GUUGCCGGCCAGCGGAGAACGUCACUAUGCCCUGAUUGUGAUGGUGGUCCAGUUUCGAGAUGUGAUAGUGUCUGAUUGUUGGUGAAAAAAAAAUGUUAAGUUCCAAAGACAUGUUAAUUUUGCUAUUGGUGCCACUUUUGACCGGAGCGAGCGCGACCUCCAAUGUGACCAUCGACGAAAUACCAGAGACUUACCUUAAUCUAUCAGCGGGAAAUUCCUUAUGGACGGCACUGCUGAAGAAUUGCCGCAAGCCGACGAUGGCUUGCGUCGAAAAAACCGUCUACGAGUAUUUGAAAAGUACGGUGGAGACUCGGGAGGAUUUACACGUGGUGCCGUUUGUUAAAAUGAAAAGGAAUCAAGUGGACUAUGACCGGAUUUCCGGCCCGGAAAUCGAUGAUUGGGAUGAGGAGGAACCGGAGAGUAGUCUGGAAGCAAUGUCAAGGGAUUUGCACGGAAAAAGUGUCAAGUUUCUGAUGACCCAUGACAUGGAAGUACAAUUACCGGAAACGAUGUUUCAAGGCAGUGUUUUGAAGAUUUCGCCGAAGAGUUUCGAAGGGAAUGGGGCUUUAGUCAAGUUGGAACUUCAACCCAAAGCUAUACAAGGAGUUGCAGAAGGACGACUCUUCAAGAAGCUAAAAAACUUCAUCAGCGAGAAACUCAUCUAUGCCCUUUUGGCAAUCCUCUUAGUGAUCAAACUUCUCGCGGCUAAAUUCAUGUUUUUCAUGCCAAUGGCCGUGGGCGCAGUCACAGCAAAGAAACUUUUAAUCAAAGUACUACUUUUCCUAUUCCCGGCCUUGCAUCAUUUCUUCAAAUUGUGCGCGUAUGUACCACAUGGUGCUAAAAUCCAUCACCACAAACAUCACAUUUCGCAUAUACAUCAUGUUGCGCCCCAUAAUAAGCACCACCAUCAUGGGCACCACCACCAUCCGCCACACCACCAUGACUCCGUCGAGGUUAUACACCCGCAUGCGGAAGGGCCGCCGGUGGUUGAAGGGCCUUGGCACCACGGAGGGGCUUCCUUGCACCAUUCUAUAGAAAUAGAAGAGCCCCACAAGACGUACUACAAGCCCCAUGAACAAGAAUUGGAGUACUACUCCGGAGGACCCCAUUUAUCACACCAUUUUAUCAACCAUCGGCAAGACAGUCAAGAAGACAACGAAGUGCAACCACCUCGCAAUAAAAAACCAUCGAAUCGUCCAUUGACACCCAGCGAAAUCGAAGCAAUGGUACUAAAAGCCGAGAAGGAAGCCAAAUUGAAAGCUCGUCUCCAGCAGGAACGACAUCGCAUACAGGAGGAAAACGCCCGUCUGCAGGAACAAUUAAAACUGGCCUUGAAACUACAAGAAAAACUCAAACAACAAGCCGCUGUAGUCAAGGCGAAAUUACCGGUACCGCCGAGUACUAAUCUUCAAACACCUGCAACCGAACAAAAACAAGUCUAUUCGGCUAAAGUCAAACAACCUGAAACGAAAAAAGAACCAACGCCGUUUGAAACAGCUCUUCAUCAAGCCGCCGCGAUCACGUACGACCCGUUCUACAGUCCAAUUUUGGAAAAAAUUGACAAGAUUUUAGUCGGUUUGGGGUUCAACGAGGAGCCGUGUCGGGAACGACUCAUUUGUAGUAUGUACAAAAAUCCGGUCAAGUUCAGUCCGCAUAGUAAUCUUCUCUCAGCUGAAUUAAGCAGAGAUUCCAAAGAACUGCAAAAGCCCACAACCACCAACGCUGCCGUCAUCCGAUUCUAUCGCUAUGUGCAAGCAGCCAGAGAUGGUCAAGAUAAACGUGAAUGUCUAAGACUUUAUCCUUCAUGUUCCAUAAAUACAGAACAAUAAGUGAAGUGAUGACAUUUUUGUGUAAAUAAAGCUCAGUCAUAUUGUAAAUAAUUAGUUGCUUUAAGAAAUAUGUUAUUGCUCAAUAAUGACGCUUUUGUAGAAAAAAUAAACAAAAGCAUGAGUAAAUCUAGUGUAAGAAACACUCUGACAGGGAUUUCUGGUAGAACACUAGUCAGAGUCGGAAUUGUCGAGUACCUAAGUUAUUUUUUAGACUGUGAAUGGUUGAUCGAUUGAUUGAUAGUAUCAUUAUUUAUUUAUGUAAUUUAUUUAUUUAAUUAUUUAUUGACAACUGUAAAUUUGUAAAGUUAUUUAUAAUUACAACAGGUACAUAAUAAAUUUAAAACUUGGA